AUGGUUAACACUACGGUGUCACUUAACACCACUUCGUGUGGCGAGCCAGUGAGUGUGUACCACCAGCUGAUCACGUCACGUGACCACGCCCUCCCACCCUUCACGCUGGUUGUGGCUAUCAUCACGGCCUUGACCAUCACGGAAAACCUGGCACUGGCCGCGGCUCUGAUCUACCAGCGGCUCACACCAUCCGGCUCGACCAGCGUGACGUCACUCGUGGUCCUGGCCAUGGCCGUGUCUGACGCUCUGAUGGCGACCCUGGUCAUGCCGCUAGCUGUCCUUGAACUUGGCUUCAACGGCCGGUGGGGACUGGGACAAGGCGCAUGCGUCAUGCGAUAUGCGCUGGAAAUCUGCUGGUGCACGCUGUCAGUGUAUCACGUGGCUACCAUCGCAGUCGACCGGUACCUGGCCGUGUGCCGGCCCCUACUCUACCGAUCUUUGACACUGAAGUCUGGAUUUCUUCUGCUUACCGUCUGCUGGCUGCUGUCCUUGUUUCUCGCACUUCUGCCCAUCUCAGCAGGCUGGUUCCGAGCAAAGGAAGUGACCGUUAGCUCGUGUGGCCAAACGUUUCUUGUGUGUGUCCCGGUCAUUGACCCCACAUCAUUGUUUUGGACUUUCAUCUUUUCCUUCUUCACCCCAAUAGUCUUGAUAUUUUCUCUGUACUUUGCCAUCAUCAAACAGCUCAUGAAAAUCAACACCAUCAACACACCAACCUACGUAAGCAGAGAUUCUAUCAAAGUGCAGAGGUCCAACUUUUCACGAAGUACUAUUCCAGAAAUUUCAAAAAGCUCCCAAAUCUCACUUCAGAAUUCGUCAGAGAGCAGCGGGGUCGUUCGGGGCAGCACGGUAGGGGUCAGCCGUGAUAGCCAGGGUGGGGUCAGCCGUGAUAGCCAGGAUGGGGUCAGCCGUGAUAGCCAGGGUGGGGUCAGCCGUGAUAGCCAGGGUGGGGUCAGCCGUGAUAGCCAGGGUGGGGUCAGCCGUGACAGCCAGGGUGGGGUCAGCCGUGAUAGCCAGGGUGGGGUCAGCCGUGAUAGCCAGGGUGGGGUCAGCCGUGAUAGCCAGGGUGGGGUCAGCCGUGAUAGCCAGGGUGGGGUCAGCCGUGAUAGCCAGGGUGGGGUCAGCCGUGAUAGCCAGGGUGGGGUCAGCCAUGACAGCCAGGGUGGGGUCAGCCGUGACAGCCAGGGUGGGGUCAGCCGUGAUAGCCAGGGUGGGGUCAGCCGUGAUAGCCAGGGUGGGGUCAGUCGUGAUAGCCAGGGUGGGGUCAGCCGUGAUAGCCAGGGUGGGGUCAGCCGUGAUAGCCAGGGUGGGGUCAGCCGUGACAGCCAGGGUGGGGUCAGCCGUGACAGCCAGGGUGGGGUCAGCCGUGACAGCCAGGGUGGGGUCAGCCGUGAUAGCCAGGGUGGGGUCAGCCGUGAUAGCCAGGGUGGGGUCAGCCGUGACAUGUUUGGUUGCUCCACAUCAGCUAAGACAUCCAUACCCCCUGUCUCUGGGAGACAGGCAAUGUCCCCACAGCACAAGACACGUAUAGGAACAAUACAAGACAGGACUAUGAACAGAACACUCGCACAGCCAAAAAGCAACCUACAGAAAUCAAAAAGAUCCCCCAACGUUGAAAACCAUGUUAAAAUCGGAAAGAGGAACAUGAAGGCCAUCAAAAACAUUGGAAUACUUCUCUUGUGUUUUAUGCUGUGCUGGCUUCCAUUCAGUGUCACCAUACCGAUCAGUAUCUACCAUCGCCGGGUUUUGCCUAGGUGGAGCGUUGUGUUGUUCGCGUGGCUAGGCUACACCAAUUCCACCAUCAACCCCAUACUCCUGUGUGGCAACAAGUCUGUUAGGGCUGCUCUAUGGGCGUUGGUAGCGAGAGUAAGAUGCUGGAAAACACGGGCCGUUUAA